UUUCGUCUCUAUGGUUUUUCCGGUCCGCCACGAGCGGUAUGAUGGGAAUUGGGAGGUGUGUCAAGUAGUCGAAGGAAAAUGGCGGCGGUCGUGUUAUCCUUGAGACGUAGCGGGUCUGUGCUGAGGACGGCGGGGGCGAUACAGCUUUCCAGAGGAGCUCAGACCGCCGCUGCACCUGCCUCUCAAGCUGCAGCCCGCAUAAAGAAAUUUGCAAUCUACAGAUGGGACCCUGACAAGCCCGGGGAUAAGCCCCGCAUGCAGACCUAUGAGAUCGACUUGAAUGCCUGUGGCGCCAUGGUUCUCGAUGCGCUCAUUAAGAUUAAGAAUGAGAUGGACCCCACCUUGACCUUCCGCAGAUCAUGCCGAGAGGGUAUCUGUGGUUCCUGUGCCAUGAAUAUUAAUGGUGGUAAUACACUCGCAUGCACCUUGAAGAUUGACACUAAUCUGAGUAAAGUCAUGAAAAUCUACCCCCUCCCUCAUAUGUAUGUUGUGAAGGAUCUGGUGCCUGAUCUCAGUAACUUCUACGCUCAGUAUAAAGCCAUACAGCCCUAUCUGAAGAAGAAGGAUGAAUCCAAAGAAGGGAAGGAGCAAUAUAUUCAGUCCAUUGAGGACCGAGAUAAGCUGGACGGGCUCUACGAGUGCAUCCUCUGUGCUUGUUGUAGCACAGCUUGUCCCAGUUAUUGGUGGAACGCCGACAAGUACCUGGGCCCGGCAGUCCUCAUGCAGGCUUAUCGUUGGAUGAUCGACUCCAGAGAUGAUUACACAGAAGAACGGUUAGCCCAACUGCAGGAUCCAUUCUCCCUGUACCGCUGCCACACAAUCAUGAACUGCACAAGGACGUGUCCCAAGGGCUUAAAUCCUGGGAAGGCAAUUGCUGAAAUUAAGAAAAUGAUGGCAACCUACAAGGAGAAAGCAGUCAGGGCAUAACAUCGCAGAGCCCCCUCAAUCAUUGCACCUCUACGCACACCGGCCCAGUCCCAGAGUUCCCAGUUAGCGCCGCUCCUGGGCUCCACCCAUUGCGCUGCUGGGAGUCUGCAGGGCUUUUCUGCUGCUUCUUAAUGUGUUACGCUUUAACAAAGUGAAGUAAACAACUAAAUUUUA